AGCGGGACAGAAACACAGCAAACACCUGACGGACUGUAACGGGCAGGAGGAGGAGUCCAGGACAGAACCGGCUCUACUGGUGCAGCGUUUCACUCACAUUUAACUCUCCUCAGUGCCAUUCUUACACAAACACAAGGACAACAGACGAGCGAGGCAUUCGUCACAGCUUCAGAUUACAGCAUGACGGAUAACGUGCGGCGUGUGAUGUCUAAAGACGGCCGCAGUAAUGUGAAGAUCGACAACGUGGAAGGGAUGGUCAAGCUCUUCCUGCACGACAUCUGGACCACGGUGGUGGACAUAAAGUGGCGUUAUAAGAUCACGCUGUUCGCCUCCACCUUCGUCAUGACGUGGUUCGUGUUCGGAGUCAUCUUCUACCUCAUCGGCCUGAGGAACGGAGACUUCCACGCCGACCCGUCGUCCAAUCACACGCCGUGCGUGAUGAAUGUGGACUCGCUGACCGGUGCAUACCUGUUCUCACUGGAGACCCAGACCACCAUCGGCUACGGCUUCCGGCACAUCUCCGAGGAGUGUCCUCUCGCUAUCCUGACGCUGGUGGUGCAGCUGGUCAUCACGGGUUUGGCUGAGAUCUUCGUGACCGGUGCGUUUCUGGCCAAGCUGGCGAGACCCAAGAAGCGCGCGGGAACCAUCAAGUUCAGCCGGUCAGCGGUGGUGUGCAAGCGAGGCCGGAGCUGGUGUCUGAUGGUGCGCGUGGCCAACAUGAGGAACAGCCUCCUGAUUCAGUGUCAGCUCUCGGGGAAACUGCUGUCGACCCACGUCACACAAGAAGGUGAGAAGACCCUCGUCCAUCAGAGCAGCGUGGACUUCCAGCUGGACUCCAGCGGCGAGUGUCCGUUCCUGCUGCUGCCGCUCACCUUCUGCCACGUGCUGGACGAGCGAAGCCCGCUGAAGAGCCUCACGGCCGACAACCUGUCCAAACAAGACUUCGAGCUGCUGGUGACCCUCAACGGCACCAUGGAGUCCACAGCUGCCACCUGCCAGAGCCGCACGUCCUACGUGCCGCAGGAGAUCCUGUGGGGCUACGAGUUCAAACCGGUGCUGUCCAACAUGUCCGGCGGGAAACUGGCCGCAGACUUCAGCUUCUUCGACAAGAUGCAGGCCUGCAGCGAGCUGCCAAACAUCCACAACAACACAGAGAAGCUCCAGCUGGAGGAGGAAUACAGACGGGAAUGAAGAGACCAGACCAGUGUCAAGAAUGAGCUGGAAAACUCCCCAAAUCAUUCUGGAAGCAUCCCGACUGUGAGCCAGAUCUGAUCUGAAGUGUUGGCUGCUUCUGUGGAAUACAGCAUGAUUCAACAGUCAAAACACUUCAGAUCAGAGCGACCUGAUUUACUUAAUCCAUGAUCCUGGUCUUGCUAAGAAUGAUUCAUCAGUGACGGAAUCUGAUUGCUGUGAUCAAUAUAUAUUUACAUUUUUGUGGAAACCGUGAUACAUUUUAUUUUUCAGGAUUCACGGAUUAAUAAAGUUCAAAAGAACAGCGUUUAUUUGAAA